GAAGAAGAAGCCCCAACGAGUGGCUGCGAACACCGGAGGGGAGGUACGCCUACUCUCCUACAAGCCACAGCGGAGGCCGAGCGGGGGACUGCUGGUGGAACGUGGGGCGGAGUUUGGUUUCAUCAUAGCCUGUGGGGUCUGAGAAGCAGCCUGUGAUGAUUGGAGGAUUGUUUAUCUACAACCACAAAGGGGAGGUGCUCAUAUCCAGGGUCUACCGAGAUGAUAUAGGCGUGAUCCACGCGCGGCAGCAGGUCCGCUCUCCGGUGACCAACUUCUUCCACGUGAAGUGCUCCAACAUCUGGUUGGCGGCCGUCACCAAGCAGAAUGACGCCGCCAUGGUGUUCGAGUUCCUCUACAAGAUGUGCGACGUCAUGACGGCCUACUUUGGCAAGAUCAGUGAGGAGAACAUCAAGAACAACUUUGUGCUCAUCUACGAGCUGCUCGACGAGAUUCUGGACUUUGGAUACCCCCAGAACUCAGAAACUGGAGCACUGAAGACAUUCAUCACUCAGCAAGGCAUUAAGGGACAGCACCAGACAAAAGAGGAGCAGUCUCAGAUCACCAGCCAGGUGACGGAGCAGAUCGGCUGGCGUCGCGAGGGCAUCAAAUAUUGUCGCAAUGAACUCUUCCUGGAUGUGCUGGAGAUGUCACCGCAAGGUCAGGUCCUCAGCGCCCACGUGUCAGGCCGAGUCGAGAUGAAGAGUUACCUUAGCGGGAUGCCGGAGAGCAAAUUCAGCAUGAACGACAAGAUCGUCAUCGACAAGCAAGGCAAGGGAGGCGCGUCCGACGAUGCUGGGAAGAGCCAGUCCAUCGCCAUCGACGACUGCACCUUCCACCAGUGUGUGCGUCUCAGCAAGUUCGACUCAGAGCGCAGCAUCAGCUUCAUCCCCCCCGACGGAGAGUACGAGCUUAUGGGGUACCGCACCACUAAGGACAUCAUCCUGCCGUUCCGGGUGAUCCCUCUGCUCCCCGAAGUUGGGCGCACUAAACUUGAGGUGAAGGUGGUCAUCAAGUCCAACUUCAAACCAUCGCUGCUGGCUCAGAAGAUCGAGGUCCGCAUCCCCACGCCCCUCAACACCAGCGGCGUGCAGGUGAAUUUGAAGGGAAAGGAAGCCUUCGAAUAA